GGAAGAGAACAUGUCAGGAGGUUAUGUACUAUCAGCGCUGUGUUUCGCCGCCAUCUCUCUCGUCACCUGUGAGAUCUCCUGUCGUAAUGAAGCUGGAGCCUCUGUAGAUUGGUUUGUGGUGUAUAAGUUACCGAUACGUAGGAUCAAUGCGACAGCCGGUCCGGGGCUGGAAUAUCUCUAUCUGGACUCAACGUCGCAGACCUGGGAAGUCAGCAGAUUCCUCAUCAACAUGAGCCAGGGUGCGGUGGGGCGGACACUGCAGCAGCUCUACCAAUCUUACAAUACAAAUGACACAGCCUACAUGAUGUAUAAUGAUUCCCCACCUGGCACAAACAACUACACCACACAACGAGGACACUCCAAGGGAACACUGUUUUUUGAUAGGUUUCAAGGAUUCUGGCUGAUUCACAGUGUACCCCACUUCCCCCCAUUCCCGGAGGACGGAUUUGGCUAUCCUCACACCGGUCAGCAAUACGGCCAGUCCGCCAUCUGCGUCACUUACAGAUAUGAUCAGUUUAAGGAAAUAGCCUCCCAACUGCUGUACUACAAUCCGAACGCGUAUAACUGCUCCGUCCCUGACCUGUAUCACAAGGAACUGUGGAGCUUGCUCAGGAUAUGUCAGGGCAAGAGCUUCCCUUGGAUCGAAACUACACGACUGGUCCCGCUGGAAUCCGCCCAAGGAGAAGUCUUUCUGAACUUUGCAAAAUCCAAGUACUUUGUAGACGCAGAUAUCUAUGCAGCUUGGAUAGCUCAGAAGCUGGGCUCGGAUCUGUUAUCGGAGACGUGGCAGCCUGCGGGAAUGGAGCUCCCAUCCAACUGUUCCCUGCCGCGGCACGUCUACAACAUAAAAAGGCUUGCCCUGCCGAAGAUCUCCUUCUACUCCUUGUACGAUCACUCCAAGUGGUGCGUGUCCAAGCUGGGUGAAGAUGCGUGGACGUGCAUUGGAGACUUGAACCGAUACCCGGCGCAGAAAUGGAGGAGCGGAGGCUUUAUCUGUACGCAGAACGCGGUUAUCUACAGGGCGUUUAGCGGCAUGGUGGCAUAUUACAAAGCAUGCCAAAACAGCACAGUGUAUACUGAUGACAGUACUUACAGUCAUUAACAACAGGCAUGUAAUUGGGCAUACUGGUAUGAAGCACCUGGGCCCUGUCUGUGUGGAGUUUGUAUGUGCUCUCCCCGUGUGUUGUUUCCCUCCCACACUCCAGCCACAUACUGGUGGGUUCAUUGGCUGUUAACAGAAAUGGACCCUAGCCUGUGGUAGAGAAUUUAGAAUGUAAGCUCCAAUGAGCCGGGGCUGUAUAUGUAAAUCUGACCGGUACAGCGCUGUAUUAUAUUAUACCAUAUUAUAUGUAUUAUAUGGUGGCGCUAUACAAAUAAUUACAUAUGUUAGGGUGAGUAGACAUAACCCACAGCAAUAGGCAUGCAAGAUUUUGUAAUAUGGAAUAAUUGUUAUGAAUUAUUUUUAUAUAAUCUGGGGGGACAUUGGUUUACUCCAAGGGAACCAUCUUCCACCUCAAUCCCAAAAAUGCGCUGGUAUUCAGCAACCCCACUGGCGCUGCUUUCCGGAUGUUUUGUGCGUCCAGCGCAGCGAUCAGCUCAAAUCACACUUGCCUCUGACAUUACGCAGCGGCAGAACAAGCCGAGUCCUGUGGCGCAGAUUAUUCUGCCAGCACCUGCAGCGUGAUCCGUGUUAUGGUGUAGCUGCACUACGUGACACAUACAGACCCACAAUGGCUUUCCCUUGAGCCUACAACUAUAAACCCUGGAUCAUUAUUUGUGACUGAUAAAUAUUACUGACAACCCUUUGGUGGCUAGAGGCUGAAUUAAGAGAUAGAGUCAGAAUAUACUUAUAGAAACUUCAUGAUUUUGAGCAAUGUGAUCAGGACAGGGAGGAAUUGAGGGGUUAGAUUCAUUAUAUGUAUGUCAUGCUAAUCUAUUUUAUGGCCAUUUAAUAAUGAAUUUUGUAAAUAGAUUGUUUUAUUGAGAUGAAAUAAA